UAGGGCAACAGUCUGCACUGGAUAUACACCACUGCUCGAGCAUUUCACUGUGAUAGGCCUAAGUCACAAUUUCACUGUCAACUGUGAAACGUUCUUCAAUUUCUCCCAUUCGUGUAAGCCACUUCAGGCAGCGAGUUCAUUCCAACAGGCUUUGGAUUCUAUAGUUGUGUCUGAAGGAUUACUCAAUUUCGUUUACGUCUUUGCGUUUCAUGACAUCAUGAACCAAAAUUCGAUUGAUACUGCUGAAGGAAAUCCAGUGGAUGAGGAGGUCGUCAUUUAUUUUGAUGAAAAUGUAGCUUUAAACAUCUCAGCCGAGAAAAUCCAUCACCAGACAGUGCAGAUAAUGAAGUAGCUGGCCUCGACAAUGAAGUAGCUGGCGUUGACACUGAAUAACCUGGCGUUGAAAACGAAGAAGCUGGCGCUAUGCGCCCUAAAACUCCAACCGGGCGUGAAUCUAAGUCGAUCAUUUGGAAAUAUAUGACUUUACUUCCCAGUGGUCGGAUCGAAUGCAAUAUUUGCAAGAAAGCAUUCAAGUAUAACAAUUCAACAACGUCUCACAUGACGCACCUGAAACGAAAACAUCCAACUAUGGUCGACUUUUCUGAUUUUUCGCAAUCUGUAGGAGUUCUCCGACUGGCAAACUCUGACAGCCAGCCAUCGGUUGUCAUCAGCAAAAAAGGCAAAAGAAUAUAACUCGAGCGUUAACAAGAAUUAUUACAGUCGACAUGCGCCCACCUCACAUGAUGAAAGGAUUGGGAUUUAUAUCUGCUAUGAAAGAAAUAGAGCCUAGCUAUGUCGUACCUCAUCCUACGACAUUCACACGCACCUAUGUACCGGAAGCUUAUCAAGAAGCGAAGAAAUGGGUGAUGAGAAAGUUAGAAGAUUCAAUUCAUUUGACUUUGUCAACGGAUUUAUGGACAGACAACUUCAGGAAAAUUCCUUACAUCGCGAUCGUCGCCCAUUUCAUAUCUUCUAAGUGGAAGUGUGAACGAUUUGCUUUGUUAACAAGAGCGUUUGUAAAUGAACAUACUGGCGAAAACAUCAAACGAGAUCUUCUAUCUGCCGUAGAGGAAUUCAACAUCGCCAAUAUUGACGAGACGCCAACUAUCGUUUGUGACCAAGGCUCCAAUGUCCUUUUAGCUGCUAAAUUAAUGCGUUGGUAUCAAAUCAACUGUGCGGCUCACGUCUUUCAUUUGAUAAUAGUCACUGAUGGAUUUAAACGAAUUCCGGCCUUGAUGCUAAUGCUGAAGAAAUGUCAAGAAAUAGCAUUAUUUCUUCAAUUCAAGUCUGCCCAAGUAUCAUCAGCACAAGAAGAGCUACGUUUCAUUUUAGAAAAUAUGCCACCUGAAUUUACCGAUCAUUGCUACUUUGAAGAUCUUGAUAUGGACAUGUCCACAAGUAGCGUAAAAAAGGAUAACGUUACUCGUUGGAACUCCAAGUGUGUCAUGAUUGAAUCUAUUCUCGCUAACCGUGCGGUAAUUCGACGGUUACUGUUGAAAUACAACAAAAUUGAACUUCUGCUAUCUCAUGGUGAGAUCUACUUUUUGAAGCGCCUUCUGAAAUGUUUAAUGCCUUUCCGGAAAUGCACCGAAAUCUUACAGGGUGACAAAUACCCAACGAUUUCCCUUGUUCUGCCUAUGCUUGAACUUUUGUCUCAGGAAGAAGAUAAUGAAGAAGAUGGUGAAGAAGACCUCGAUUUGGAGAGAGGAGAGCUUCUUUUGCUGAAGGCGGACUUACUCAUUCUCAAAGAAAAUAUGAAAAGUUCAAUUGAAAGAAGAUUUCGACGAGCUGAAAAUCCCGUUUACGUGCUAGCCACUUCGCUCGAUAUUCGCUGGAAAGGAACGAGCAGUUUUAUAACAAAUCCAGAUGAAUUUAAGACGGCCAUUGAAAACUUUGAUCGAGCUUUGAAGCAAAGAAUGACAACAAUGAGAACUACUACAAAUCAACGACCCACCCACUUCAAUCGUCAGGAGCAUCCUCAGGAAAGUUUGUCGUCGGCGCAAUCAGCUAGUUCUGUUUCUUCAAGAAAUACGAAAAAAUCGUCUAAAGUUGCCGCUUUGUUAGGUGGCCUUCUCGAUUCUCGUUCGCUACCUUUUGAAAAUGAUGCAUUGAAAAAGGAAAUUGCUUUGUACAAGUCAACUCCUUUAAUUUCAAAAAAUGAUUUAGACUCCUUUGAUUUGCUUAAUUGGUGGAAAGUGCGCCAAGACCAAUUUCCUCUUCUUUCUGUGGUGGCCCGUAAAGUGUUAGGUAUUCCUGCCACGUCGGCCUGUUGCGAAAGAAUUUUUAGCAAGGGUGGUAAUAUUGUGUCUUCUUUGCGUGCCAACAUUUCCCCACAUAACGUGGAUAUGACUAUCUUCAUUGCCUUUAAUACUCAAGGUCAAGGAAUACCUAAUUCUAUUCAGACUGUCAAUGGAGAUUAAAUAUUUUUUUAAGUAUGACUGCCUUUGAUUACUUGACUAAAAUCAAAUUUGAAUUAACUUCCAUAAAAUACAAGAAGAAUGCAAGAAUGAAUUUUAUUUCUUUUUUCUAAAUGAGCCAACCUGAUUUCGAAAUAUUUCAAUCCCUUGUUUUAUCAAUAAAUCACAUGUUGCAUGAAUGUAAACAAAAAAAAAUUCAAAAGUCGAUUAUUUUAGAAAGUCGACUUAAAGUCGCGACUUUUUCCCCAAAGUCGACUUGUAAUCGAUUAUUUUUCAGAACAAAGUCGAUUAUACAAAAAGUUUUGAUACAAGCCGCUGACUGCUGGAUUUUA